GUUCAGUUUGCUGUCCAUACAAAAUAAUUUUUAUUUUAAUUUUAUUUUUUCAAUUCUCCAAUUUUCCUCUCUCUUUCUUCUACCUCUCUGGUAGUCUUCUUCUUCCUCCAGCCAAGCACAGAGAGAUAGAGAGAGAGAGAGAGAGAGAGAGAGAGAGAUUCACCUCAAAUUUCAUUUGAUACAUAUUUUUUUUGCUGUAGUAGUGUAAAUUUGAUUUGUGUGCUUGUUUGCAUCAGGACAAUCUGAGUUUUGAUUUCGGUCCAGGUUUAGAAUCUUCUCCCUGUCAGUAUUUCCGGCGACUUCUGCAAGAGAUCUGGAAAUUUCCGAUCAGAAUCCACCGGCGGAAGUUACAUAUAUUAAUUCUGGUUCCGCUCUGUAAUUUUCUUACCGUUUAAUUUCGAGGAACGACGGAGGAGUUUCUGUAAGGCUAUUACAAGCCAACUGCCGCCGCAGGAAGCCGGCGGUGUGUCUGUGUAAGAAUUCAGACAGGAGAGGAAUAUUCCUCACCGGCGCCGCCGCACUCGUGGAGUUCCGAGGUUGUUGAGUUGGAUCGUAACCGACGAUUUCUCCGAUUUAGGAUCGAAUUUGCAGUCAAUGCUUCGAUCUGCCUGAAUUCUAAACCUCCUCGAUAAUUUCAACCGUCUGUCGACGGCGAUUCAACGGCGGAGAUUUCGAACAUGAUGCGUAUGAGAACGAUGACAAACAAUCCCUCGCCGCCAGCCACCGGCGGCCGCGGCGGCGACAAAGAGUGGGAGCUCCGCCCCGGCGGAAUGCUGGUCCAGAAACGAACCGACUCCGACCCAGCCCGCGCCCCGCCACCGACGAUCCGGGUCCGGGUCAAACACGGGUCGAUUUAUCACGAGAUCAGCAUCAGUUCUCAAGCUACCUUCGGGGAGCUGAAGAAGAUGCUGUCGGCGCCGACGGGGCUGCACCACGAGGAUCAGAAGAUAUUUUUUAAGGACAAGGAGAAAGAUUCGAAGGCGUUUCUGGACACUUCUGGAGUUAAGGACAAAUCCAAAGUCGUGCUUCAGGAGGAUCCCAUGAGCCAAGAAAAGCGUUAUUUGGAAAUGCGCAAAAACGCUAAAAUGGAAAAGGCGGCAAAAUCCAUAUCGGAAAUAAGCUUGGAGGUGGACAGACUUGCCGGCCGGGUAUCCGCCAUCGAAACUGUGAUUACCAAAGGAGGAAAAGUCGCCGAGAAGGACGUCGUAAAUCUCAUCGAAUUGCUGAUGAAUCAGCUCCUCAAACUCGACGGCAUUGUCGCCGACGGCGAUGUCAAACUCCAAAGAAAAAUGCAGGUCCGGAGAGUCCAAAAGUACGUCGAGGCUCUCGAUGUGUUAAAAGUCAAGAAUUCGAGUGUCGUUCCAACGCCGGCGCCGUCUCCGGGAGAGUCGUCUCAACGCCCGAAAAAUUCAAACGGUGCGGCGAUCGCAAUUCCUCCGCUAAUCGAGCCGAGUAGGCAUUCGAAUGGGAGCAUUUCGUCGAAGCAACGACAACCCUCCGGCGCCGCUCCGGCCCCCGUCAUAAUCACCACCCAAUGGGAGACGUUCGACGCGGCUCCGGCGGCAGCGGCGGCGGCGGCGUCCACGUCAGCAAAGAAUGGUGGUCCUAGUUUUACAUGGGAUUUGCUUUGAGUUUAGAUAGUGGGGACAAAGUGAAAAGAUUAAAAAAAAGAAAAGAUUAAAAAAAAAGUCAAAUUAAAAAUUACUACAAAUUAUUAUUAUUUUAUAUAUUGGUUAUUUGAUAUAUAAGUGCUUAGUGUGAAUUAAUUAAUUAAUUAAUGGUUUGGUUUUGUAUUUUUAUUUUUAUUUUUUAAUAUAUAUAUUUUUUUUA